GCGGGCGGCCCGGCCCGGCACGGAACGCGGCCGCGGGUCCCCCCAUGGCCGCGACGCGGGGCCGGAGGAUGCGCCGCCGGGCAUCAAGGAGGGGGUGAACCGGCCCCGCGGAUUUACCGUCAUCUGCACGCCAGCCCUUCAUCGCUCCUACCGGUUGAGGGGAGGGGGGGGGGGAAACGUUUCAACCCCCCCUCCCGGGGCUGGCGGCCCCCGGUGGCCCCGGGAGCGGCGAGAGGCGGCGGGCAGGUGCCGGAGGCAGCUGCCGCCGCGGGGCCCCGUUCCGACCGCACCGCCCUUAACGGGGCCACCGGGGCCGCCGCCACCGGGGACCGCUGCCGGUUCUGCCCGCUCCCACCGGUCACUGCCUUGGGACUUACCUCACGUCUCCGCCACACCUCAGGACGACACGGCGGGGACGCAGGCCGCCACCAUGCCCGACUCGCCGGCGGACAUGAAGACGCAGCCCAGGGCCACGCCACCCAGCAUGCCUCCGCCGCCACCGACCGUCACGCAGGGAGCCACCCGCCACCCCUCCUUCACGCCAAGCACCAAUCGAGACGCUGGCCCUCCGACGUUUCUGCCUCGCGGCCGUUUUCAUGGUUGCUUGAAAUGGUCGAUGGUCUGUCUUUUGAUGAAUGGGAGCAGCCACUCACCAACUGCCGUCAAUGGGGCCCCAUCCACUCCCAAUGGGUUCAGCAACGGGCCAGCCACCUCCUCCACUGCCUCCCUGUCCACCCACCAGCUGCCCCCGGCCUGUGGUGCCCGCCAGCUCUCCAAGCUCAAGCGUUUCCUCACCACGCUGCAGCAGUUUGGCAAUGACAUCUCCCCUGAGAUCGGGGAGCGGGUGCGGACCCUCGUGCUGGGGCUCGUGAACUCCACUCUUACCAUUGAGGAGUUCCACGCCAAGCUUCAGGAGGCCACCAACUUCCCGCUGCGACCCUUCGUCAUCCCCUUCCUCAAGGCCAACCUGCCCCUGCUGCAGCGGGAGCUGCUGCACUGCGCCCGCAUGGCCAAGCAGACCCCAGCCCAGUACCUGGCCCAGCACGAGCAGCUGCUGCUGGACGCCAACGCCUCCUCCCCCAUCGACUCCUCCGAGCUGCUGCUGGAGGUGGGCGAGAGUGGCAAGAGGAGGACACCAGACAGGACCAAAGAGAACGGUUUGGACCGAGACCCUCUACACCCUGAGCACCUCAGCAAGCGGCCGUGCACCAUGAGCCCAGCUCAACGCUACAGCCCCAGCAAUGGGCUGAGCCACCCCCCCAAUAACGGGCUGGGGCACCCCCCCAAUGCCCCUCCUUUGCCCCAGCACUACCGGCUGGAGGAUAUGGCCAUGGCACACCACUACCGUGACACCUACCGGCACCCCGACCCCCGGGAGCUCUGCGAGCGCCAGCGGCCUGCCGCAGUGCACGGGACACGUCAGGAGGAGGUGAUCGACCACCGGCUCACUGACCGGGAGUGGGCAGAGGAGUGGAAACACCUCAACAAUCUGCUGAACUGCAUCAUGGACAUGGUGGAGAAGACGCGGCGGUCGCUGACGGUGCUGCGGCGGUGCCAGGAGGCUGACCGUGAGGAGCUCAACCACUGGAUCCGGCGCUACAGCGACGCCGAGGACAUGAAGAAAGGCAGCCCCCCCUCGGCACGCCCCCACAACAGCUCCUCCACCUCCGAGGCUCCCCAGUUAGAUGCUCACCGGGAGUUCACACCACGGCCCCUCUCCGGGUACAUGCCAGAAGAGAUCUGGAGGAAGGCUGAAGAAGCUGUGAACGAGGUGAAGCGCCAGGCCAUGUCCGAGCUGCAGAAGGCUGUGUCGGAUGCCGAGCGGAAAGCCCACGAGCUGAUCACGACGGAGAGGGCCAAGAUGGAGAGAGCCCUGGCUGAGGCCAAGCGCCAGGCUUCUGAGGAUGCCCUCACUGUCAUCAAUCAGCAGGAGGACUCCAGCGAGAGCUGCUGGAACUGUGGGCGCAAGGCCAGCGAGACCUGCAGCGGCUGCAACACCGCCCGCUACUGCGGCUCCUUCUGCCAGCACAAGGAUUGGGAGAAGCAUCACCAUGUCUGUGGGCAGACUCUGCAGGGGCUGCCAGCCCCCACCGCCCCCACCACUGGCGUGGGGCUACCACCAGGUCCGUGCCAGCCCGAUGGCAUGGCCACCAUCGCCAGCAGCCCCAGCGAGACGGGCUCGGCGGCCGCAUCCCGUGCCGGCACGCCAGCGACACCGGCUCCCUUGGAGAGCGCGUCCCGUUGAGCCUGGCCACCGCCACCACCGCUGCUACCGCCGCUCUCCAAGAGACUCAGACUGCACAGGGUGCAAUUUCCUCAGCUACCUGACUCGUGUGACCUCCGAAACGACCUCUCUAGCUCUCACAAAUAAUCCUCAUGGAUUCUCAAACUGGGCUUUAAGUGGAGUUCAGGCAAAUAACGGUCUUCUCUGUUCUCUCUUCGGUCUUUGUUUUGGCUUCUUCCUUCUUCAGUUGAUUGGGGAAUUGUGGUUCAGGGUUGGGAUUUUUCUUUGGUGGUAUUUGUUGGAUUUUCCUCUUUUUUUAUUUCCCCCCCUCCCCCCUCCCAAUUUUGUCUUUCUGGAUGAGGGAUGUGGCUGCAUGGCUGCAGCUACACCACACAAUGAUGUAGGGAGAUACCAAACCAGGUCCUGACCCACAUUGGCUCUGCCAUGGGUGUCGCUUGAAGGAAGAAAAAGGAAGAAAUGAAAUUUUUAUCAUUGUUUUUUUUAAUCUCAGCCUUUUUUUUUUUUUUUUUGGUGUGUGUGGUUUUGGCCUUUUUUUCCCCCUCUUUUUGGGUAAAAAUAAAAUAAAGAAAAUAAAAAAGAAAACGUCGGACUCUGGCUUUAAGUAAGAAAUUGUAAAGAGAUAAAAAAGAGUUUUUUAAAAAAGAAAAAAAAAACAGGAAAAAGAACAAAAAAAAACAGAAAGGAAAAAAAAACACAAAGAGAAAAAAAAACACAAAGAAAAAAAAAAGCAAAACACAAAGAAGAAAAGAAAAAUCCAAAAAGCAGACUCCGCCAAGUCGAGCCCGCGUGACGGACGCUCCUCACCUGUAACUACCUUUGCUAGCUAGCCAAGAACAGACCAGACUCACCUCUGCUCCAAAGGAAAUCCAAAACCAAGGAAGAUCCAAACGUCUCUCCACUGCCAAAGUUCGUUUCGUUCUGUUGUCGUUUCCUUCCCCCUCCCUGCAAGGCUGGACGGAUGCGCCCCCAGGGGCUUUAAAGAGUUUUUAUUCAAAUAAAGCAAAAAAAAAAAAAGAGUAAAAAAAAAAAAGGGUUUUUUUUGGGGGGGAGGUUUUUUGGGGGAGGGAGGUUUAAUAAAAGAAGCUCCCCCACAAGGCGUGCGUGGAAGGAGGGGAGGUGGUGUCUGAGAAUCGCCCUGGGUGGGCGCAGCUGGAGCUGGCACGUCUCUACCUCCGCCCGCCGCCACCCUGGGAAAAGAGAAUGGAAAAAGAGGAUAAUAAAAGAGAUAAAAAGACAGAUUUUUGGGGUUCUCCCUUCUCGAAGUCGUCGGGGGGCUGCCCAUGGCUGGAUGUCCCCAACCCCUCUCUGCCUGACUCCCCCCAUCUCCCUCAAGCCCCUCACUGCUGGGCUGCUCUUGGAUUUAUCCCACGCCGGAUUUAUUUUGCAAGGAUUUUAAAGAGGAAAACGAAAAAAAAAACUAAAGAGAAGGAAAAGGAAAGAGGAAAAAAAGGAAAAAGGAAAAAGGAAAGGGAGCUUCAGCUCCCCCCUGGCCAAGGAGGCAGCCAAGGCUGAUGCUGAUGGUGUUGCGGUUGUCACCUCACUGUACCAAGCACAGAGGACAGGAGUGCAAUACGGAAAGUCCCCCAGCUCCGAGGAGGAGGAGGAGGAGGAGGAGGGAAGCCCCGGUUGGGGCAGGAGUGCUGUCCAUUAAUGUGAAUGUAAAUAGUGUUCUGCAGAGGUCCAAAAAAUUAAUUAUUAUUAUUAUUAAUGAUGAUGAUGAUAGUGAUAAUAAUAAGAGACAUUUGCCAAAUAAAAAGGUGAUGAGGAGGGGCUGGAGGCUGUGGCAUGGGGCAGGGGGCUGGAGGUGAGCAGAAAGUGAGUGCUCAGAGGAACCAUUGGUUUUCUGUGUUGGCAAAAAUCCAUCCUGUGUGUUUUCCAUAGUGGGGGAAGAGGAAGAAAGGGUUUGGGCCAGGACCGUGGUGGUGCCAGUCACCCAGAGGACCAGUUGCAGUUAUUUACUGUGAUGGCUGUGCCAUGCUGUGCCAUGGCAAGGGGCUCGGUGCAUUGGACACCCCCAAAGUGAUGGUACCAGCCCCGUGCCACCGGCACUAAGUCCUGCUGCAGGUUUCUGCACACACUGAGACCUUGGUGCAUCCUUCCCAGGGGGUUCUGUGCAUGACAAGGUCUUGGUGGAUCCUUUCAAGAGGCUUUUGUGCAUCCCCCUGAGGGGGACUUCGUGCACCCUGAGACCUUGGUGCAUCUCCCAAGGGGGGUGCUGUGCAACUGAAGAUCUCAUUGUAUUCCCACCAGGAGCAUUCUAUGCAACCCAAGACCUUGCUGCAUCCCCUGAGGCAGGUUCUGUGCACCCCAAUGUCUUGGUGCAUCCUCUUGGUGGGGUUUUGUGCACCCCAAGGUCUCGGUGCAUCCCCUCCAGGGGGAUUUUGGUGGCUCCCAAGACUGGGAGUUUGCCCAGGUGCCCCUUGAGCGGCCAUUCACUUUAUUUAUGGUGUGACAUAUGUGAUAUUGUCUAUUUUUCUUACAUUUCCUGAGAAGAGGUAAUAUAUAAGAGUAUUGCAGAUGCACCUGCUGGGGGUAUCCAUCCCAUCCCUGCCCUUCCCACCACAUGUGUCCCCGUGUGUCCCCAUCUGUCCCUGGCCCCUCUCUGCACCAGGGCUCUGCCUCUCUACCUCCACCUCACCAGGAAAUCAUGGACGAGAGCAUCCCCACAGCAUCUGCUCUCGUUUCCACUCCCUUCUGGUUUGCUUUUAAUUUGUAUUUUACUUCUUUCUUUUUUAUUUGGUUUGGUUUUUUUUAACUACUAAGACAAAUAUCCAACCUUGCAUUCAAACCCAAAGCCGAGGGAGGGAGGGGACAGGUGGCACAGCUUUAGCAGUCAUCCAAACCAGAAUGACAGCUUUAAAGUGUAAUAUUUCCCCAAAUAAAUAAAGAUAAAAAUAGUGGUGGUGGGAGGAAGGCAGUGGUGGGGUGGCUGUGGGGCUAGAGCCAUUUGGACAUGGAGGGAACCAUGGUGGCCAGGGAGUGAUGGGUGCUUCAGUGGGGUUUCUCUCCAAAAUGGUGUUUGGGCAUCAGAGGCCAGGGGACACAUGGCCCAUAAUGUGUCUUUUGGUGGCUUUGUGGCAUCCUGAGAGAUGGUUGUUGGAUGAGCCGCAUGGUGCUGGUGGCAGAGGGACAUGUUGGUGGCUGUAUGGCAACUUGGGGACAUGGGAUGCCAAGGUCACCAGUCACAGUCCUCUGACAGAUCAGAACCCUGUGGCCACCUGCAGCACCUCUUUGUGGAUUUCAUCCCCACUAUCAUGGCUGGGGCCAGUGCUGAUGGCCUGGGGACAGCCUGGCAAGGUACAACUCCCUAUAGGGAGGUAGAGCCCUGAGUGCUGACUGUGGUACCAGGCUGAAGGAGGUGGCAGGAGAGAUGUGUCUCCCCUCUGGUGCCAAGCAUGGUACUAGGGCCUAAUCCCUGGUGGGUGAGGGUCUCUCCAGCUCCUUCCUCGUGUUCCCAAUCCAAAAUUCCAGCUGAAACCAAAGUACCAUGCACCAGUGGGGCUGGACACCCUGGCAUGGGAGUCCCACACCUGCCUGGGCUCUGCUCCAUCACUGCCCAAGCCCCUCACAGCCCCUUGCAGCCUCUCCUUGCCCUCAUUCAGAGCCAGACAGGACCCCCCUUCUCCUAGAGGUGUCCUCAUGGAUCCUGGUGGGUUUUAGUCUGGGGACAAGAUGUCACCUUGUUCCCAGGUCCCAGAUACUGUGUUGGGGUGUCCCCACCAUGAUGGCAGCUCUGGGGGGCUCCUCCAAUGCCAGAAAAUGCCACAGCCCUGAGAGGAAGGUGUUGUGCCACUGUCCCCAUCUUGCUUAUGGCUGCAUGGGCAGCACCAGUACCCCGGGCCCAGUGUUACCAUGGCAGAUUUGGGGAUGGAGACACUUAGGGUGGCAUGGGGUUCACCAGAAGGGCUGGAAACCAGACCCACUCACCAGCACCAGGUGGGCAUGGGGGUGAUAAACCAGAGUUCCUCACCAGUGCCAGUUGGGCACAGUGGCAGCCUGCCCUGCCCCUCCAUGUGGGUUUUGGGGGGAGGUCAGCCCAGAGAGAUGACAUGGUAGGAUUUUCCUUCGGCAUGCCGUCCCCCCUCCCCUUGCUGUUCCCCGCUUUCUCUACGUGUACUGUAUGUUUGACCUGUGAAAGAUGUAAACUUUAUGAUUCAGGUUAUGUCUGUUCUUAACUCUGUAUCUGUGUAAUAAAGACAAUUUAAUAUCAA